AUGUCGGGAACUCCUGACAACCAGGAACAACAUGUCUCCGAGAAGGCGGACGAGUCAACAGGGAAUCACGGCGAAGCAGAGCUCGACGAGAAGCGGCCUGAGAAGGAGGCAAAUACCACGCCGCAAGCCGACAUGCUGGACGACAAGAUCAAGGAUCUGAGCCUCGGUGUCACGCAGAGCAGUAAUGAUGACCCAGGACCAUCAAAAGAGCUACCGAGUACUCCGCCACCACCUGAACCUCCAGCAGUGGAUGAGAAGCCUUAUCGAGAUCCUACCCCGAAGACACCCAUCCCAUCACGUAUGCCCUCUACUCGAGCGCCCGAAGUGCAAGACGGGCUGGGCAUAAGCGAAGGAUCAAGCAAUGGGACAAAGCUGGGAACGGAGAAUGAGUCGGCGUCAGAGAUACAGAGUAUCAUGGAUCAAUUCACAGACAUGGCAGCCGCCCCGACUAGAGAAGAGAUCAUGUCACCAAGGCAUGAGCUUACAAGUCCACCGCUGGGAUCACCAGCUCACUUCCCUCCUCGCCAAUCAAGUCUCGAACCGAUGCGAUCGAGGGACUUGGAUGCGAUAGCCAGCUCGCCGGUGACAGACAGACAGUCUAUAUCAGAACAGUUGCCGCUAUCACCACCGCCGGUCCCUCCUAAGAAUGAUUCUGAGAGUGCCGACACGCCUGUAUCCGAGAUCAGGUCUUCGAGCUCCGCUCUUCCACACCAGCCACCUCCGCCAGAGCCAGAGCCGGAUCUGCCUUUUGAUUUCCACAGAUUUCUAGAACAGCUCCGGCAUAAAUCGGCGGAUCCUGUAGCGAAAUUCCUACGCUCAUUUCUGACCGAGUUUGGAAAGAAGCAAUGGAUGGUUCACGAGCAGGUCAAAAUUAUCGGCGAUUUCCUUGCCUUUAUUACCAAUAAAAUGGCUCAGUGCGAGGUGUGGCGAGAAGUCUCCGAGAACGAGUUCGACAACGCGAAGGAAGGUAUGGAGAAGCUAGUGAUGAACCGCUUGUACGCACAAACAUUCUCGCCAGCUAUCCCGCCUCCAGCACAGCUACCAAGAUCACGCUCGAGAGGUCGACGGAAAGACGUCGAGAAGAUUCUAGGUCCCGGGAGGAAGGGUCAGCAUCAGGAAGAUGUUGAGCGAGACGAUAUUUUGGCACAAAAGAUUCGAAUCUACAGUUGGGUCAGGGAAGAGCAUCUCGAUAUCCCACCAGUGGGUCCUAAUGGGGAGAGAUUUCUUCGCCUCGCCCAGCAAGAACUGCUGAAGAUCAAAAGCUACCGGGCGCCUCGCGACAAAGUCAUUUGCGUACUCAAUAGUUGCAAGGUCAUAUUCGGCUUGCUCAAGAACGCGAAAAGCUCCGAUACAUCCGCUGAUUCAUUCGUGCCGCUGCUGAUAUACGUUGUGCUACAAGCCAACCCGGAGCAUCUGGUGUCCAACAUCCAGUACAUUUUGAGGUUUCGCAACCAGGACAAGCUCGGCGGCGAGGCAGGUUAUUACUUGUCGUCACUAUCUGGCGCUAUCCAGUUCAUCGAAAAUCUCGACCGGACCUCGUUGACCGUCAGUGACGAAGACUUUGAGAAGCACGUCGAACUUGCUGUGUCAGAAAUCGCAGCUAAGAAUCGCGAGACCGAGUCUAUGAGCCCACGUUCGACGUUUGCGGAGAAAUCUGCGCUCGUUGAACCGGAGUUGACGCCACGCAAUUCAAUGGACGUCACAUCUUCACCUCGACGAAGUAUGCAACAAGAUAGGAGCACUUCAGGACCAAGCACGGGGUCAGACGACAGCGACGCGGUCGCAGGUCUGCUGCGGACCAUCCAGCGCCCAUUGUCAAGUAUCGGACGCAUGUUCUCAGAUCAGGACUCUGGACCGGAGCAAUCAGGCCCUGGUGGCACAUACGGCACGCCUCCAGCCCGCGCUAGUCCUAUGCCUUACCCUGGCGACCCAGAGAGGCGUGGCUCACAGACCAACAUUGCUCAGCAGCAGCAACAUCGCGGACGAGAACAGGUAUAUGACGCACAGGAGGCGGCAGCGCGGCAGGCUAGUGCAGAAGCGGCGGAGGCCAGACGAAUCCAGCGAGCAGAGCACCGCACUGUCGUAGAGACACUUUGCGGCAUGUUUCCAAACCUGGAUAAGGAGGUCAUUGAUGACGUGGUACGGCAGAAGCAGGGUCGUGUCGGGCUUGCUGUUGAUGCCUGUCUGGCCUUGACCGCAGGUGGGUAG